AUGUCUAGCUUGAUAAUCGGAUUUAAGAAUUAUCUGUCCGUGAAAUUUUCUUGGUUCAAGAGAUUUUCUCAGGAGCGAUUAAUGUCAUCUUCACAUCCAAGUCUUGAAGGGGCUGUUGAUGCAGAAAGAACAGAAACCCUCCCUUCGGACACGGUGUUGAUCGUGGGUGGUGGGCCAGUUGGGUUAUUGCUUGCGACAGUACUUGCUUUUUAUGGGGUGAAAUCUCUCUUGCUAGAGCGAAAUGAAACCACCACAAAAUGGCCGAAGAUGGAUCUGACCAAUGCGCGGUCCAUGGAGAUAUUCAGGAAGCUAGGUUUAGCUGAUGGUUUGCGAGAAAAGGGUGAUAUAUGGCAGCCACGAUGCGGAAUGAGAGCUGAUUAUUUCACACCAGGUGUUCCAUCCAAUAUUCCAUACACAGUACUUUUUUCGAGCGGAUUGAGUCGUGAAAAUGCAAUCACCCAAUGGUGGCAUCCAAGCGUCGAUGAGUGUCGGAAGCAGACUAGGACACGAAAUGACGGAACAAAACCAUUGGAGCCGUACCAAAGAAUUUCCCAGGCAAUCUUUGAAGCUUGGUUGAAGGAAUCAUGCGAUGCCAAUCCUUUGAUAGAUCUUCGAUAUGGAAACAAGGUUGAAACUGUGCAGAGUGAAGGGGAAGAUGUCAAAGUAACGGCGGUAAACUCUCAGACAGGAAAGAAGGUUGAUUUUAUAUCCAGAUACGUUGCUGGCUGCGAUGGAAGUUCCAGCAAAGUGAGGACAGGGCUAGGAAUUCCCUUGGAUGGGGGACCAAUUCCAGGAUUUGCAUUGCUUGUCCACUUCAAGUCCAAAGAUUUGGCUCGACUUCAAAAACAAGGCCAGUUCUGGCACAUAUUUUUUGUGAAAGAAGGCGGAAUCGGUGGAGCUAUUAUUGCUCAAGAUGAAGUGGAUACUUGGACGACACAUCUUUUCCUCCCACUCGAUGCAGAUCACAAGAGUAUCUCGUCCGAAGAAGCUGUAUAUAGUGUCCUGGGAGGAAUGGGAGGGAGAUACGAGAUUAAGAUUGAUGAAAUCAUCGUCAGGUCAACCUACAGACCAAAUGUCGCAGUAUCAAGGAGUUAUUCCGCCUUGAAUGGUCGAGUGUUCCUUGCCGGUGAUUCUGCACACCAGAAUAUUCCAACAGGAGGAUAUGGAAUGAACAUGGGCAUUGGUGAUGCUUAUGAUCUGGGUUGGAAGUUAAGCGCUGUGAUCAAUGGUCACGGUAAGAGAGGAUUGUUAGACUCGUACGAGCUUGAACGCCGACCAGUCGCAUCACUCACCGUAGAGCAUUCCAAAGUUCAUAACGAUGCUCAUGGUGCGGUUGGAAACCUUCUACUUCCAGAUGCAACCGUUAUAGACCACGAUACCAAAGAGGGAGAGGCUCUGAGGGAAAAGAUUAGCCGGCAUUACCAAGAACACGAUGGGGAGAAUAGAGAUUUAGGAAUUGAAAUGGGCUUCCAUUAUAAGUCUCCCAUUAAUAUACCUGAUGAUUCUGCUCCUGCACCUGUGUGGACAGCAUCACGCUAUAUGCCAACCACUUGGCCAGGAGUGCGAGCUCCGCAUGUAUUUCUCAAUAACGGCACGCCGAUUUUUGAUCACUUUGGAAAGGAUUAUACCUUGAUUGAGUUUCCGUCCACCAUCGACUUGGGGUCAAAAUACAUUAUGGACGCAGCAAAGGAGAAUAAGUUUCCGCUGAAGCAUAUGGUUUUGCCUGGAGAAGAUAACGCGUUCAACAUUUGGGGUAAGCACCUGGUACUUGUCCGGCCAGAUGGUCACGUCUCUUGGCGAAGUAAUAUCAUCCAAGAUUCAAGCUCCGCAAAGAAAAUUCUCAACACUAUAGUGGGAACUCAAUAUGGUGUGGUCAUCGAGAAGAUAGCCUUCGAAGGUUCGGGGUCGGGUGUAGUUUCGACCCAGAGGGAAGGGUUUGUUUUAGAGAAAAUGGGAGAUUUGCAAAAGUAG